GCAGCGCACGUUAUGACAGGCCGGAGUGGAAAGAGAAGACAACUUUUAUCGUUGUGAAGUUGCCGGAAGAAUAACGACAUGCUAUCAUGAACUGGACAUGUGGCGAAUAAACAGAGAGCAGGCAAAGAAAUGAACGAGUCAGUUAACACGAGGAUCAUCCGGUUAUAAAAUGGCACACCAAGAGGAACCUCUCUAUGACUUCCCAGAGCCCACCCAGCCAUCAGAGAACAGGUUUUUGGGACAUCAAAGAGGGCAUGGUUCCCUAAAGAGCAUCAGCAUUCUGGACCGUCUGCUGCUGACAGUUCCUGUGUGGUUUCAGCUGUCAGUCAACGCUGCAACAGCACUGCAUAUACUGCAGAGGGAACCACCUGGGACAUUUCUGGUACGGAAGUCACGCACAUCACAGAGAAACGUGCUUUGUGUUCGGCUGGUAGACAACAGUGUGCCUUGCUUUGUUCAGCAGUUUUGCAUCCGAGAGGAAAACUCCACUCUCUGCCUCGAGACUUCAGUCAUCAGCUUCCCAGACCUCCCAAGACUUAUUUCCUUCUACUGUGUCAGCCGAGAUGUGUUGCCCUUCCCUCUGGAGCUCCCAGAAGCCAUUGCAAGGGCCACAUCUCAAAAAGAGCUGGAGUCAAUUUCACAUAUGGGAAUAGAAUUCUGGAGUUCACAUCUAAAUGUCCGUGGUCCACGGGAAAUGCCCAAGGCUCAGAAAGACAGUAAGUGGGAAAAUCCUGUGGCCUUGGCUUCACUCAGUCCUGCCCCAACCACAACCUCUGCCAUGCCACCUGAUUUACUGUCCCAGUCCAAACCAGAUGACCAGCUCACAACAACACUUCAGUCUGACAGUGUGGGAGAAGAGCUCAAGUCCAGUCCCACCCUGUUGGAUGAGUUCUGUCCAAUCAGGACACGUAGCCCCAGAGAGCUGGACUGUGGCUCUGGCCUGGGUGCACUCUGCUUCAUCAACCCUCUUUUCCUGCACUCUCAGAAUCCCUUAUCUAGGCGACAGCUGUUCAAACGCAGUGUGAAGAUUCGGGUUUCCACAGAACCACCUACCCUGCUGUCACCCCCACUUGAGCCACCUCCUCCACCCCCACUAAUGCCCAAGACCAAGAGCAGAUGUAAAGCUAAGAAACAUGUCCAGCCCAGUCAAGGCCCAGAGCAGAUCCACAGUCAGAACUCGGCGGACACAAGUCAGUCCACUCCCACUUACACAGGAGCUCAGGACAAACUAACUCACUCUGGGACAGGGACGCAAGAUGCCCACAGUCAAGACCAGGUCCCCCUUCCAUCCCAGAAUUUUGACUUCCACUCUGAGGUACAGGAGCCAAUGCACCAAGGAGCUGAUGGAGGACAUGCUUGGUUACCGACAGCAACAGUGAUUGAGCCUCUCACAGAUGACUUAGACUAUAUGCAGCCAUCUUCAAUGAUCGCUUUCCCUCAUUCUCCUAUGCAUCUUUUACCAUCUGUCUGUUUGGCUGCACCUCUAUCUCACUCCCCUGGCGCCUCCCCCUCUCUUUCACUCUAUCAGUCCCCGUCUCCUGUCCCCUUUUUUCUCUCCCCAUAUGACUCUCCCAGCACUUCUCCUGCGAUCUCGCCCUAUCAGUCCCCAUCUCCCUCCCCUAAAGCUGCAUUUUCCCUCCCUCCUUUGCCCUCGCCAUCCUUCUCUCAAGUGUCUGAAGAAGCUUAUCACACACCUGCUACUCCUUCGAGACUAAAGCAGCAAAUAAAAGAGGGCGAUGUAGAAGAGGUGGCUGAGGAUGUGAGGAAGGAGAUUGAGGAGGAACAAAACAACGAGGGGGAAGAGAGUCUGUGUCUGGAAAUUGUUGCUGCUUCAUUAAAUGACACAAGUGAGUGCAGUUCCUCCAGCAGUCUAGAGGAGGCAGCAAGGAUCCCACCUGCCUCACCACUUCUACAGGAUAAUGUUCAAGGCCAUGAACAAAAGGUUUAUACCAACUGAAGCAUUUUCCACAGUGAUUCCUUUGACAAAUUAAAACAACCGUUCCACCUAUUUUGUGAUGGUUGAGGCCAGUAUAUAAAACAAUCAUACAGGAUACUGGCGACCAUUUUUGUAACCACAUAGCUAAGAUGUUCUCCUACCCUUCGUGCCAUCGACUUCAGUUCAGUCUGGUACUCCAUUACACUCAAUGUGCUGAUAUUUGUAACUUGCACGGCUCAGUACAUCAUAAGAGAGUGAGUGAUUGUUAACAUUAUGGCAUUAUUGGAUUUUGGGGGGGACAAAACAAGAUGGUGAUAUUUUGCAGGAUUUACGCAUCCAUCACCAAGACUACUGGAAUUACAGUUCUUGCAAAAGCCUCACUGGAAUGACUUACUGUGAGUAGCCAAAACCCAACAGUUGCUUUUCAUCACUCAGUAGAAAUGUUGUGAAUUCGCUAGUGUUUUCUCAACAUUGACAGUUUUGCAAAUGUGAAAUGGAAGCCCCAGCUGCUGUUGCAUCUCCUUUUUCACUAUUUUUUUUUUUUUUUUGUCAGUCACUUUGAAAUGCCCAGCCUACUAAACAGUCAUAUUUCCUUUUUUGUUAUUACAUUUUUGUAACACCUUUACAAGCAGAUACAGUUUUGAAAGCACUUCAUUAUGUGGACAGUCUGAUAACUUCAACACAGCACACUGGAACCACUGAGGAGCAGAAGAAAAAAAGAUUCCCUGGCUCAGUGAGGUCCUACAGGCUUUUAGGCGUAAGUGUACAAGUCUGGAGCACAGAUGGUGUCACUCAGUGCUUGAGGUAGCCUGUCGUCUGUGACUUCAGUGUUCGGCGCACUAUAAGAUGCUUUGUUAGCUGUAAUGACAUCUUAAUAUUUCAGUGUAAAUCUAGCAUUGUGCCAAGUUCCAGAACACCUGCCUCUUAAAGGGAAUGAAUGAUUAUUUUUUUCAUGUUAUACUUAAUAUACAUCCAUAAUUAUCCCUUUGUGCCUUAUUUUAAGAUCAGAUUUUCACUAUGUAAACAGCAAAACGGAGUUGGACGUGCCCCAAAUGCACUUGCACGAUGUGCUUUAGACUGUUAAAUCAGUAGGCUGUAUAGCUUUUACUUAUCAUGCUCCUACUUUGAGUCAGAAUGUGUUGGAGAAUCCAGACUGAAAACUUGACUAGUAAAUCUCAUUUUUACUUAUAGUAAGUAUGAGCUUAUACAGUGAGGCAAGUAAGUAUUUGAUCCACUGUCGAUUUUGCAAGUUUU